CGAGUACGAGUUUGAUAUUGCGGAUGCCAUUGCGGGAGGCGGGGGUGACGAUGGUUUCGACUUCGAUUUUAGCGAGGCUGGGAAGCCGGUAGAGAAGAAAGCGAAGAAGGUGGAGAAGAAGGCUACGGCUGCGGAUGCGUUGGAGUUGGUUGGAGACUUUGAGGGGGGUGAGGAUGAGGAUGAUGAUGAGGCAUUCAUUGCGGCACAUCAGACUGCGAUUAACCGCAAAAGCACGGUCGGAGUCAAGGGAAAGAAGGCGAAGAGUGGAGGAUUCCAGUCGAUGGGGUUGUCUGCGAACAUCCUGAAGGCGAUCGUAGCGAAGGGGUUCAAAGUACCUACGCCCAUUCAGAGAAAGACCAUCCCGCUCGUGAUUGAGGGACGGGAUGUUGUCGGUAUGGCACGUACUGGAUCCGGAAAGACUGCUGCGUUCGUGCUGCCGAUGUUGGAGAAGAUCAAGAGUCAUCGUGCGCAGACUGGAGCACGUGCGAUCAUCAUGUCACCGUCUCGUGAGUUGGCGUUGCAAACGCUCAGGGUUGUCAAGGAAUUUGGAAAGGGUACGGAUUUGAAGACGGUGUUGGUUGUUGGUGGUGAUAGUUUGGAGGAGCAGUUUGCUAUGAUGUCUGCGAACCCCGACAUUAUCAUUGCUACGCCUGGUCGUUUCAUGCAUUUGAAGGUCGAGAUGGCGUUGCAGUUGAGUUCAGUGGAGUAUGUUGUCUUUGAUGAGGCCGAUCGCCUUUUCGAGAUGGGUUUCAGUUCGCAGUUGACUGAGAUUUUGCAUGCGCUGCCGUCUAUGCGUCAGACCCUGCUUUUCUCUGCUACUCUUCCGAAGAGCUUGGUGGAGUUUGCGAAGGCUGGUUUGCAGGACCCUGUUCUUGUUCGUUUGGAUGUCGACUCCAAGAUCUCUACUGAACUCGAGUCCGCGUUUUUCAGUGUUAAGACUGCUGAGAAGGAGGGUGGUUUGCUCUAUAUCUUGCAGGAAGUCAUCAAGGUCCCACCUGGUGCGCCUCUUGCUGAGGAGGUAGGCAAGAAACGCAAGCGUGACUACAUUCCCGAGGGUAACGCAGCCGUCUCGCCUCACGCCACGAUCAUUUUCGUCUCGACUAAGCACCACGUCGAGUACAUCUCCAACCUCCUUAUCCUUGCCGGAUACGCAGUUUCUUACAUCUACGGUUCCCUCGACCAAACUGCGCGUAAGAACCAAAUUGCCGAUUUCCGUGCUGGACGUACGUCUUUGUUGGUCGUCACGGAUGUUGCUGCUCGUGGUAUCGAUAUUCCUAUUUUGUCGAAUGUCAUCAACUACGACUUCCCUAGUGAGCCGAAGGUGUUUGUGCAUCGUGUCGGACGUACCGCUCGUGCUGGUCGCAAGGGUUGGGCGUACUCUUUGGUUCGUGCCGAGGAUGCGCCUUACCUUCUUGACCUGCAGCUCUUCUUGGGACGCAAGUUGGUCGUUCCUGCCGAGAACAAGCAUGAGACUCCGGAUUAUUCUGGUGAAAUCGUGCUUGGUGGACUGCCUCGUGACGGUGUUGAGAGCACUACGGAGUUUGUCGCUUCUAGCUUGAGCAGGAGCGCUGAUCUGGCCGCUCAGAAGGGUGUCUCGCAGCGCGGUGAGCGUCUUUACUUGAAGACCAGGACGUCAGCUUCUGCUGAGUCUGUGAAGCGUGCGAAGGAGGUUGUUGCUGGCCGUGGAUGGUCGUUGGUGCACCCGCUUCUAGCAGCUGCACCUGACAACGCUUCGAAGGAGCGUGAGGAUAUGUUGAAGAGGUUGGCCAACAUCAGACCUGCGGAGACUAUCUUCGAGAUUGGUAAGAGGGGUGUUUCUAGGAAUGCGGCUGCAGACGUUAUGAGGAAGAGGAGAGCUAAGAUCAUCAUUGGACCCAGGACCACUCAAGGCGAGGAGGAAGGUGGCAACGAUGAUGACAUGGAGGAGGUCCAGGCUCUUGAGGAGGACCGUGGUGACGCAUGGGCAGAUCUCUCGGAUGCUGCGGAGUCGGACGUGGAGGAUGCGUUCACGUCGUCAAAGGAUAUCGCGAAGGCUACUGAACGCAAGAACAAGGCGAAGAAGGACAAGCCCACGUCAUUCAAGGAUAGUGAGCAUUACAUCUCUCACUUCCAGCCUAUGGCCGCUAUGCAGGAGCGUGGAUAUGACAUUAACUCCAAGGGUACCAACUUUGCUGAGCAAGCACGAGAUGUCGCCAUGGACCUCGUCAACGACGAGACUGGUGUCGGAGAGCGGAAUAAUCGUGGCCUCCGUUGGGACCCAAAGAAGAAGAACUACGUGAACCGCAUGAACGACGAUGACGGUUCGAAGGGCGUGAAGAUGAUCCGUGGUGAGUCCGGUGUGAAGAUCCCCGCAACCUUCAAGUCCGGUCGUUUCGAGGCUUGGCAGAAUAAGACGAAGACCAACAUGCCUGGUGUCGAUUCCUCUCAUCUCGCCGGUCAAGGUGAAUCCAGGUUCAUCGGUGGACCUAGAGGUCGUUUCAAGCACACUAAGGUGCAAGCACCCAAAGCUGCCGUUAAGGGUCGGGACGACUACGAGGUACGGAAGAAGAGGGUCAAGGAAGCUGCGGAGAAGGGAUUGGGUAGGGGUGCGAAGAAGCCUAAGACCGAUCUCAAGAGCGUGUCCGAUAUCAGAAAGGACAGGCAAGGUCAGCAGAACAGGAGGGAGAAGAACGCAAGGCCGCAGCACAAGUUCAGGAAAUAGGAGUUGCACUAGGUCUAGAGAUAUAAUUUCGAAUCGUAUCCAUUACCACCGAGU